GACGACGACAACAAAGACGUCAACUUAAACUCAACACACCGGAUACAUAUGAUUGCCAGUGUUUCCCGGAAUCUUGUUAGUUCUGUUUUCUGAUGUUAGCCUAGCCGAUUUCUCCAGCUAUGAAUUCCUCCAGCAGCAGUGAUGAUGGAGGGGUUCAAGGGCUUCUUCUAAAACUCCACGAAUCAUUGACAGACGAAGACAGACGAGCUGCAGCUAUAAAAUGCCACGAUAUUGUCGGUGAUUUAGGACAGGAGUGCAUGCUAACAGCGAGCGAGAAUGAACUUGCUUUAAAGACAUCCUUAUUGUUUUCAAAAGAAUUUGGACUGCUCAGCUUCCUCAGAAAAUCCCUUGCUUCAGAAGAGCUCCGGGACACCAGGGUUGAGAUCAUAUGUUUCCUGGAAAAGUUCUUGGAGAAGAUACGAACAAGAGUUAAAGGCUGGGAGAGGACUUAUGCCAUUGAUAUAAGGGACAUGUGCAUGGUUUUGUAUACUAAAGACAAGGGAGCAAAAUGCAGGACACCAGCGCUGGAACUCCUUAUCAAGGUUCUUAAUCUUACAAAGGCUUCCAGUAUUGCCGCAGACAUGAGAGUCUGUGAAAUAUUCAACAGAUACUACGGUGAACUCUGUCAGCGGAACAAAGUAGCGGAUUCAGUUCUCGGUAAAAUCUACGAGUUGCUGGGAGUUCUUGGAGACGUCCAUCCCAGUGAAAUGGUCAACAACUCUGACAAACUCUACAAAGCAUAUCUGGGAGAGCUAAAAGAACAGAUGACCUCUUCAACGAAGGAGCCAAAACUUAUUGUUGUGGCAGGAUGUUUGAGAGGAAUCACUGCUUUGAUGGUCAACUUUACUAAAACCAUGGAAGAAGACCCCGCAACCUCAAAGGAGAUAUUUCAGUAUGCUCUGAAGACAAUCAGUCCACAGAUGGAAAUGAGUCGCUAUGCUGUGACCUAUGCUGGGCUCAAAUUAAUUGGCAGGCAUGCCAGCCAGUUCAGAAACUGCCUGAUUGAUCACUACAGAGCUUUGUUCGAGGUUAUGUGCAAGCUCUGUGGACACAUCAACGGUGAGAUGAAGAAGACAAGUUACUAUGCACUUGAGUCCUUCCUCAAGCAGGUUGCGAUCCUGGUGGCAGAGAAUAUUGAGGAGCACAAGAGCAAAUUGAAGUACUUCAUGCAGAAGUUCUGCUCCAUUAUAAAGACCAUGGACUCCUCAUACAAGGAACUGUCUAUUGCCAUUCGAGGAUAUGGAUUCUUUGCAGCUCCAUGCAAAAAAGUUUGUCCCCAAGAUGUGGAGUUGAUGUACACUGAGUUGAUCCAGCGCUGUAAGCAGAUGUACCUGACUGAGUCUGAUGGGGAGGAGGAUAGCUUGUACCAGCUGCCCAGCUUUCUGGAUUCUAUUGCCAGUGUCAUCAUUCACCUGGAUAAGAUCCCAGAGGUGUAUACGCCUCUGCUGGAAUGCCUGCUUGUGGUUCAGAUUGACAGCUUUCCUCAGCACAGUGAGAAGAUGCAGACUGCUUGUUGCCGCUCCAUACUUAAGGUUCUGGUGGCCAUGGCGUCGAAAGGUCCUGUCCUGUGGAGUUUUAUUAGCUCUGUGGUGCACCAAGGCUUGAUUCGUGUCUGUUCAAAACCCAUCAUGCUUUCUGAGCAUGGAGACACUGGAAAUGGUGAGGACUCUAAUCAAAUACGCACUGGGAAGUGGAAAGUCCCAUCUAGCCAGGAUUACCUUGACCUCUACAAGAACCUUCUAGACUGUGAUCAGUUGAAGGAUUCCGGGUUUCUAGAUGGAGCUUUUGAGAGCCAGAACUCUGCUCUUGCCUCUCUGAGUCGACUUCUGUAUGAUGACGUGAUAAAAUCAAUUGUCUGCAUUGUGGAAAAGUUGGACUUGUCCGUACAGAAAGUCACUGCAGCAGAGGAGGGUCAUGAUGAUGUGUCCUGUGUCGUCCUGCCCUCCUCUGACCCAACAUCUCAUCUGAUGCCCAGUAAGGUCAAAGACUUCACUGCAUUUAUCAAUCUGGUUGACUUCUGCAGUGAACUGUUGCUGAAUAAACAUAUGGAGUAUUUUCAGCCCUGGAUUUUCCCGCUGAGUCAUGAACUCAUUCUACACUCAAUAAGAAAUCCACUUGUCAGUGGCUUUUACAAGCUGCUUGCUGUUUCCAUGAAGAUUGCAAACAGAAUCCAGUACUUCCAGGGAAUUGGCCCAACAAGCUCUGUGGCCCCACAGAGUGAGACAGUGAAAAGUGCCUGCUUUGCACUCAUCUCUAAGUUUGGAAAAGAGGUUUGUGUGAGAAUGAAGCAGUACAAAGACGAACUGUUGGCGUCCUGCUUGAUGUUUGUCCUCUCGCUGCACCACAGUAUCGUGGCUCUGGACAUCAAGGCUUACUGUCCUGCUCUGGAGGCAGCGCUGAAGCUGGGACUGAGUCAUGUUCCUUUGGCCAACACUGCGCUGGAUGCUCUGGAAUGCUGGUCCUCUCACAUCCCUUUGGAAACUAUGCAGCCCUGCUAUAGGAACAUUUUGCCUCUGCUGGAUGGAUACCUGAAAACAGCUGCCAACGAGAAGGAUCAGAGCAGCUGGGAGGUGACAUCUUCCUCAUCUUCCAGAAGUGAGAGGGGAUAUAACCAAGUGAUGACGCGACUCUUGAAGCAGUCCUACCAAUCCAGCAUGGAAGAUGCUCCUCUGGUCCAGGUGAGGUUCAGGGUGGUGAAACUGCUGGGUCACCUGGGGGGAAGGCUGAACAGAGACAUGGUGACAGCGGUUUCAACAGAGGAGAUGAUGAAGAAGUUCGUUGCCUGGGAUUCUGAGAAAAAGCUCAGCUUUGCAGUACCAUUCACCGAUAUGAAGCCAGUCAUCUACCUUGAUGUGUUUCUACCUCGUAUCAGUGAACUAGCUCUUUCCAAAAGCGACCGACAAACUAAAGUAGCAGCAUGUGAGCUGCUUCAUAGCUUGGUCAUCUAUAUGAUUGGAAAGAGUGCUCAGAUGGCUGAAGGGGAGAACAGGUUUCCACCCAUGUACUGCCUACACAAGAGACUGUUUCCUGUACUGUUGCACCUAGCAUGUGAUGUGGAUCAGGUAACGAGGCAGCUCUUUGAACCACUGGUGAUGCAGCUGAUCCACUGGUUCACCAGCAACAAAAAGUUUGAGAGCCAAGACACAGUUGCUGUUUUGGAGGCCAUUCUGGAUGGUGCGGUUGAUCCCAUGGACAGCACUCUGCGAGACUUCUGUGGCCGCUGUACUGAAGAGUUUGUCAAGUGGUCAAUCAAACAAACCACCCCUGAACAGCAGGACAAGAGCCCGGCCAAUAUCAAGUCCUUGUUCAAGCGCAUCUACAGCUUGGCUCUGCAUCCCAAUGGGUUCAAAAGACUGGGUGCUGCCUUGGUGUUCAACAGUAUCUACAGACAAUUCAGGGAGGAGAGUUCACUGGUGGAUCAGUUUGUCUUUGAAGUUUUGAUCGUAUUUGUUGAAAGUCUGGCUCUUGCACACUCAGAUGAGCCAUCUAUUGGUACGCUGCAGCAGUGUGGAAGUGCCAUUGAUCAUCUGAAGAGAAUUAUCAAGUACAAGGCACCCAGCCUCAACCAGCACAAUGCCAGGAGACGCAUUCCAAGGGGCUUCCCCCCCGAGGAAAAACUGUGCCUGUCACAUGUGGUUUUGUGGCUUCUGGAGCAAUGUGGCCGACCACAGGCUGAAUGCCGCCACAAAUGCAUGGAGCUCUUCUAUGAGUUUAUUCCCCUCCUCCCAGGUAAUAAAUCUCCAUCUCAGUGGCUGGAGGUGGUGCUGGAGGAGCGUAGCAUGGGUUUCUUGAUCUCGCAAUUUGAAGGUGGUGGACUCCUCUCCCAGUCCACCCUUAGAGACCUGUUGGGCCCAUUCAGUGUCCGGGCCACCAUACAGUGGAUGGACCUGUUGCUGGCUGCCCUGGACUGCUACAACACCUUUAUCAGCUUGCACAUUAUCAAGCCUCAUUACAUACUCGCCUCCAAAGAAAAGCCCAGCUUUCUGAAGGCUGUCGGUUUCUUUCUUACUGAGCUGGCGACCCAUGGGCUUGAAGCAGCAGAGAGCUGCUUUCCUAUGGGACAGCAGACGUCCCACUUCAGUCCCAGAGAGAUUGACCAGUACAACUACAGCAAGUGCACAAUCAUUGUCCGUCUAAUGGAGUUCACCACAAUGAUUCUUGUCAAAUGUGACGAGCAUAUGUGGAAGCUUCUGGAGCAGGAUGUUUUUGGCUCUGUAUUUUUUGAACUGACAGCGCUGGUGGUGUGUCAGCCAUCAGCUGUGGGUUUCAAUAUGGCCGAUGUGCAGGUGAUGAAAUGCCUACCAGAGGUGAGCGUUCCCCUGAUGAAAGCCCUACUGGCUUCACCUUACCACACCAGUCUGGAGAACAGCCUGCGGACUAGACUGUCACGCACAAGUGUGGAGGAGCUGUGUAAGUUGGACCUGUACCAUACUGGCUCUCUGAGUAAACAUGAGCAGAUGGAGAUGAUUCUAUCUGCCUGUCAGCAGAUCCACAAAGCUGGCCUCCUCAGCUCUGUCCUGCACAGCCAGGACCCAGCCUAUGCCAAGACCCUUGGGUGCCAGGUUCUCAUGGCAGUGUAUAAAGGCAUAGCACCCGGCGAAAGGAAAGCGCUUCCAUCCUUGGACAUAAACAGCAGGAGGCUCGCAGACAGUCUGCUGCAGCUUGCCUUCUCUCUCAGUCAAAAGAGUGAGCAGCUGGUUGAGUUACUGCUGAACACCAUCAUGCUGUCUGUGCCACUCUCUGGAAGUCACAGCCAGAAUUUCCUCAGCUUCUCUCAUGGUGAAUAUUUCUACAGCCUCUUCCAGAUGACCAUCAACAGUGAGCUGCUCAGAAACCUGAACAGCACUGUGCCUCAGCUCCUACAAGCUGCCUCGCUCAACCCCAGCAUGGUGGGUGUCCUGCUGAAUGGAAUGCUGGACCACACCUUCAGAGAGCGCUCUGUGAGGAAGACUGAGGGCAGCCGGCUUGUCGAAUUGGUGCUGAGAAGGUGGGACAGUCUGCAGCCUUGGUGGAAUGGACACUCCUCAACUCCAGAGAGUAAAACUACCACUCUGCUGCUGCUGUCUAAGCUUUUGCAGAUCGACUCCUCUGUGUGUUCCAAUAUCAGCCAUGAAGCGUUCAGACCAGUGUUUUCCACCUUCACCACACUGUUGGUGGACAUGAAUCUCCCACUGAAUCUUAAGAGUCAGGCACUGUUGGUGCUGCCCUUCUUCACUGGCCUCCCAGAUGAGCUGCUGGCCGAGCUGCAGGCAGCACUGGAGGCACUGGCGGCCUCACACUUCCCCAUGCAGUCCAAUGAGUUUUCCAAGGGCUCACUUCACCGUAACAACUACAUGGACUGCAUGCGAAAGCUACUAGACGCCCUGGAACUUUCUCAGAGCCCACUGCUGCUCAAACUGCUGGCAGGAGUCUUGUGUCGCGAUACGAAACACAUCAUGGAGGAGCAGUUCCAGACUUGUUUCCAGCGGAUUGCUCAGCGGUCGAGCAGUGAGCGACAGCUGCAGUUGCUGGGUGCAUUGUAUGAUUUGAUCCAGCACAGCAAUGUGCCAGUUAUCUCCAUGCUGCAGGCCAUGAUGGAGCGAGUUCUGCUACCUCUUGCCUCUCACUGCAGCUCCAAAGCUCUGAGCGACUUCUUUGUGGCAAACAUCACUGAUAUAAUGGCUGUACUGCUCAUGCGCUUCACUAAGGCCAGUGAAGCAGCAUUUGAAGCCCAGUUGCUGAAAAAGAGUGGGUGCUACAAGUUGAUGGAGCUUCUCUACUCUCAGCUUCUGAAAGAAGAAGUUUAUUCCAAAGAAUCACGCAUUAAUCAGGCCUACUGUCACUCAGAGAAGACAGAGGGCAACGAGCUGUCCAAGACCUUGAUCAAGUCAUGUUUUGAAGCCUUCACUGAGAACAUGGCCGGUGAAAGUCAGCUUCUUGAAAUAAGGAGGCGAUACCACUGCGCUGCAUACAACUGUGCCAUUAAUGUCAUCAGCCGCAGCUUUAGUGAGCCCAAAUUCUACCAAGGCUUCCUCUUCACUGAGAAACCAGACAAGAAUCAGUUCAUUUUUGAAAAUCUCAUUGAUGUUCAAAGAACCUACACAUUUCCCAUUGAAAUUGAGGUCCCACUUGAGCGAAAGAAGAAAUACAUCAUGAUACGAAGACAGGCAAAUGAGGAGAAUGGAGACAUGCCGGCGUAUCUGUCCUCCCAGUCCUACAUGGCCGAUAGCAGCCUGAGUGAGGAGAUGAGCCAGUUUGACUUCUCCACUGGAGUCCAAAGCUUCUCCUUGAGCUCCCAAAACCCUGAAGUACACAGACACACCACUGCUAAUCAAGAGUCAGAGGCGAUGAUUCCUUUCCAAGAUGCGUUGGUGGACCUGGAGAUGGAUGAACUGAACCAGCAUGAGUGCAUGGCAGCCAUGACUGCUCUGAUUGGACACAUGCACAGGAAUAAUAUAACCCCCAAAGUAAAAACAGAGCAGGGAAACACACCAGACCUUCCUGCAUGGAUGACGUUUCUCCAUGGAAAACUCAUGAAUCCAGCCACAGCACUGAAUAUUAGACUCUUCAUCACAAAGCUGGUCAUCAACACAGAGGAGGUUUUUCGGCCAUAUGCCAAGCAUUGGCUCGGACCGCUGCUGCAGCUUGUGGUCUCUGGAAACAAUGGAGGAGAGGGCAUUCAUUUCAUGGUGGUGGACAUUGUGGUCACUAUGCUCUCUUGGACCAGCGUGGCCAGCCCAAAGGGCAACCCCAGAGAUGAAGUGCUGGCCAACCGGCUGCUGGAGUUCCUGAUGAAGCACAGCUUCCACCCCAAGAGGGCAGUUUUCCGCCACAACCUGGAGAUCAUCCGCACUCUAGUAGAGUGCUGGAAAGACUGUUUGCAUGUACCUUACAGUGUGAUAUAUCAGCAUUUUUGUAGCAGCAACCCGAACAGUAAAGACAACUCUGUUGGACUUCAGCUGCUGGGAAUCAUCCUGGCCAAUGGAUUUCCAGCUCAUGAUGCCUCGUGUGGAAUUGAAUAUGAGAAGUACAUCCACUCUCUCACCAACAACCUGUCCUUCACACGAUAUAAAGAAGUUUACUCUGCUGCUGCUGAAAUUAUUGGCCUCAUGCUGAACAACAUGACUGAGAGGAAUGACCAUGCUCACGCACUGCUCGGUCUUGCUGCAAACAAGAUAACAGAUUUGAAGAAAAAAGACAUGGAUGACAAGUUCAUAAUUUGCUUGAGUAAAGUGUCCAAGCACUUUCCUCCUUUUAUGGACCGCUUUGUCAGUUCUGUGCUCUUCCUUCUACCAAAGUUACAUGGCAUCUUGAAAACUCAUUGUCUGGAGUGCGUGCUGAGCCGAGCAGAUGUCAUCCCCAACAUCUUUUUCCAGCUCAAGUCCAAAGGCUUCCUCCAGAUGCUGGGCCACAGGGAUGAAGCAAGACAAAGAGUUUGUUUAGACAUCAUCCGCAAGAUUGUUGCUCUCCUGACUCCAGUUGAACUUCAGGAAGUCCUGGGAGGUGUGACAGCCUUCAUAUCCCACAGCUCACCAGUGUGCAGAGAAAGGAUGUAUGAUAUUCUCAUGUGGAUCGUGGACAACUACAGUGAUGUGGACAGCAUGGCUGACAGCACCUCACUGCAGGUUUUGAAUGCAGCUAAAGAAACUCUUCUUCAGGGACUAACUGAAGAACAUGAAGGCUUGCAGCUUUAUGUUCAUAACUUCUGGAGUCAAGAGAAGCGCCUUCCAGCGGCAACCUUGGAGCGAAUGUUGAUGGUGCUUGGCUCUCUCUACUCCUGUCAGAUUGAAAGACGUUACUUAAGCCUGGCUACCAACCUGCUGUUGGAGAUGACCAGCCAGAGUCCAGACUUCUCACGUAACAUGUUUGAGUAUCCACUGUCCGAAUGUACCUUCCAGGACUAUGUCAUUGACUCCAGCUGGCGCCUCAGGAGCACAGUGAUGAUGCCCAUGUUUGUUGAAACCCAAAGCUCUCAAGGCCCUGUGAGCCCAGUGACAUCCCAGGUGGGAACGAUGAAGCCACAGCUCCGAGCCACCCAGACCUCACUGGAGUUCACCCAAACCCUAACAGCAGGUCGACGGACAGCAUAUAACUGGCUGACAGGCAGCAAUUUGGACACACUGGUGGAGUUCACCCCUCCCUCUGAAUCUUUGUCUUCCUUGUUGGCUUUUGGUAAGAAAGCAGAAAGGCAGGCUACUGCGAGGAGGUCAGCAGGAGAAGGUUUCGGUAUCAGACGCCUUAGCGCAGCUACUGAAGAGGUGGACAGUCGCAGUAGAGCAGAGAGCGAACAGCGUGCCGACAUAUUGAGACUGAGGCGCAGAUUCCUUAAGGAUCAAGUGAAGGUCAGCAUGACGUUUGCACGAAAAGAAAUCCACGAACAGAAGCAGAGAAAGGAAGAUAAAGCUAAUAAGAAGUUUCAAAAGGAAGCUCAGGUGACUCUGUACCGCAGCUACAGAGUGGGGGACUUCCCGGACAUCCAGAUUCCAUACAGCAGCCUCAUCGCACCUCUACAAGGCCUUGCUCAGAGAGACCCGAUUCUGGCCAAGCAGUUGUUCAGCUCUCUGUUUGCUGGCAUCCUGCAAGAGAUGGAGCAUCACAGGUCAGCCGGGGAGAGCCAGAGAAUUGAAGAGGAGCUGCGGAAUGACAUGAACUCUUUCUUGAACAAGAGUUCACUCUGCUUCCCUCCAUUUGUGGCUUGUGUGCAGGACAUGUGUUACCAGCAUAAGGAGCUUCUGCAGCUGCAGCCAGCAGCCAUCAGCUCCAGCUGCUUGCUGAGUCUCCAGCAGCCGUCAGGCAUCCUGCUGCUGGAGGAGGGUCUGUUACAUGCUGGCCACCAAGGAGAACCACUCACCAAACGAUCAAGAGGACACAAGGAAAUCCCUCCUGAUACGGAGAAAUGGAUCCACCUUGCAAAGCUUUACAGAUCACUGGAGGAUUAUGAUGUCGUGCGUGGCAUCUUUAGUGAUAAAGUUGGGACCAAGUCAAUAACGUGCACAGCUCUCCUAGCUGAAGCAAACAUGGACUAUGCAGAGGCUGUGAAGCUUUACAAUCAGGCUCUGAACACUGAACACUGGAGCGAUGGGGAACCCAGCGACUCAGAGAAAGACUACUGGGAAAUAGCUGCUAUGGAGGCUUACAGUCAGCUGACUGAGUGGAAAUCUUUGCAGUACUGCUCCACUGUCAACAUUGAUGAAAAAUCCCCACCCAACCUGGAGAAGAUGUGGUCAGAGCCCAUCUAUCAGGAAAUGUACCUGCAGCACAUGAUCCGCAGCAUGUUGAAGCAGCUGCAGCAAGGCGAGAAGGACCAGGCUCUCCUCAGCUUUGUGGACAGAGCCAUGAGGGUGGAGGAGCGUAAAAAGCUGCUGGAAACUCAAUACAGCCAGGAGCUCAGCCUGCUUUACAUCCUGCAGGAAGACUACGACCGUGCCAGAUACUAUGCCAACCACGCCAUGCAGCUCUUCAUGCAGAAUUACUCCAGUGUGGAUACUUUGUUGAACAAAAGUCGGCUGACUAUCCUGCAGUCGGUGCAGGCUUUGACGGAGAUCCACGACUUCCUGCAGUUCGUUAAAGGAGAAGUGUCUGUGGCCUCCCUCAAGCAGCUCAUCAGGUUAUGGACCAACCGGUACCCUGAUGCCAAAUUAGAUCCAAUGAAUGUGUGGGAUGACAUUAUUACAUCUAGAUGUUUCUUCUUGGACAAGAUCAAGGAGAAGCUGAGGAGCCAAUCUUCAGGUGAUAGUAUGGAGGUGGAAAGGAAUCCAAUGGAUAAUGCUGACACAUUAAUUAAUGACUACAAGUUCGACAUGAAGCUGUGCAUGGCAGACAGUGCAAGGAAACAGGGUAACUUCCCUGUUGCAACCAAGCUGCUGAAGGAGCUUCACAGAGAGGCCAAGACACAGAGGGGCUGGUUUCUGCGCUGGGUCCACAGUUUCAGUCGCUACAGCCACAAGUGCAGCUUGGCUCAGGAUCCUGUGGAGCAGAUAAGCACCAUCCUGAAGACUGUCCCACUUCUGGAGGAGGUCCAGUCUGACUGUCAGAGCACUGCAGCCAAAGUGUUGCGAUACCAGAAGGUCCUCCAGGGAACAUCAUACCACAUGCUAGCCAUGGCUGUAAGAAAGAGCCCUUCAGUCCUGGAAACUGUCGGGGCUGAGAAAGCAGAGAAAGUUGUAAAGCUAUCUGGAACCUCAUGGCCGAGUGAGCAUCCAAAGCAGGAGGUGGAGGUGGGGCUGCAGAUGCAAGCACUGAAGUUGUUAUGUGACGCCGUCAGAAGGGCUGAUGAAGAACUUCAGUCUUACUCUCAAGACUAUAUGGAGAUAAGCAGCAUCACACACACUUACAUGGCUCUCACCAACUUCUGUGACAAACUACUGCGACACGAGGAGCAAAGCAAUAAUGUGAGUGAGUUUCCUGAUCUGCUGACGCUGCCCGUUCAUGUGGUGGAGAGCCUGCUGAAGGCACUGAGGCUGAAUUCCGAGGAGGCCCGCCUCAGGUUCCCACGUCUGCUACAGAUCAUUGAGCUGUACCCAUCUGAGACGCUGGACCUCAUGACAAAAGAGAUCAUGACAGUGCCUUGCUGGAUGCUGAUUGGCUGGAUCAGUCAAAUGGUUGCCCUGUUGGACAAGCCAGAAUCAGUAGCAGUGCAGCGUUGUAUUGGGCAGAUAGCAGAGUGCUACCCUCAGGCACUGGUAUAUGCCCUCAUGAUCAGCAGCGAGAGCUACCAGUUUCAGGACUCCACCAUCGGACACCAGCAGCAGGAAUUUGUCCUCAGGCUGAGGAACCUGCUGGAUAAGGGAGGAGCUGUGAAGAAGUUUGUUGAUGCACUGCAGCAGCUUACAAACCCUGACAUGCUGUUUAAGGAUUGGUGGGACGAUGUGAAAAAUGAACUGGAAAAGCCCAAUUUUGACAAGAAGAGGAUGGGCUGCAUGUACAAUGAGAUGCGUUCCUCACUUGGCGAUCAAUGCACAGAUGGUUAUGGAGGAUUCCGCAAGAAAUUUAUCCGGAAAUUUGCCAAGGAUGUGGAGGCACUGUUUGGGCCUCAAGGUAGCAAAUUAUUUGAGAAGAGGAAAAACAAAAGCUUCCUGCAGCAGGUGGACAAGCUGGUGAAUUCCAUGCGGGGAUUUCAGAGAGAACCAGGGAACUUGAAGGAAUAUUCGCCCUGGCUGAGUGGAUUUACAGCAGACCUGUUCUGUGCCGAACUGGAGAUCCCAGGACAGUAUGAUGGCAGAUCCAAACCUUUGCCAGAGUAUCAUGCAAAAAUUACAGGUUUUGAUGAAAGGGUGAAAGUCAUGUCCUCUAUCCGCCGUCCCAAACGCCUGAUCAUCCGGGGAGACGAUGAGCAUGACCAUCCCUUCCUGGUGAAGGGAGGGGAGGAUCUGCGUCAGGACCAACGCAUCGAGCAGCUCUUUGGCAUCAUGAACAUUUUGCUGAGUCAUGAUACUGCUUGUACCCACAGAAGCCUGCAGCUCUGCACCUACCAAGUCAUUCCCAUAACCACCAGAAUUGGUUUGAUUGAAUGGAUGGAGAAUACCUCAACUCUGAAAGAUUUUCUGAACAACAGCAGGACUGAGGAGGAGCAUAAAACAGUUCACAGGCCCCUUGAUGUCUAUGAAGAUUGGCUGUCCAGAAUUGCUUCAGCAAAGGUGCAAAGUCUUGGCAGAUACUCUGAAACUUAUAAGAGGGCAAGUCGCACUGAGACAGUAAACAACUUUUUGAAGGUGACCCAGCUUGUGCCUGCCGAUCUGCUUAGGAGAGCAUUUCUGAAGAUGUGCACCAAUCCUGAGGCUUUCCUCUCACUGCGCUCCCACUUCAUUAGCUCCCAUGCCCUGCUGUGUGUGAGCCACUGGAUUUUGGGCAUUGGAGACCGUCACCUCUCCAACUUCAUGAUCAACAUGGAAACGGGCAGUAUGAUUGGCAUUGAUUUUGGUCAUGCGUUUGGAUCAGCCACUCAGUUCCUCCCAGUGCCUGAACUCAUGCCUUUCCGGCUGACCAGGCAGUUUGUGAAUCUGAUGCAGCCGCUGAAGGAGUCGGGUUUGAUCAAGAGUGUUAUGGUUAACUCCCUUCGAGCAUACAGGGCAGAGCCCAGCCUGCUGCUCUGCACCAUGGACGUGUUUGUGAAGGAGCCAUCGCUGGACUGGAAGAAUUUUGAAAUGAAACAACUGAAGAAAGGUGGCACAUGGACCGAAAGCAUCAACACCAAAGAAAUCAGUUGGUACCCUUUACAGAAGGUGAACUUCGCCAAAAGAAAACUUGAAGGAGCAAAUCCUGCUGCCAUAACCAGUGAGGAGCUGAAGCUGGGUUUUGAGAAGGAUGCUGCCUUCAAAGGGAUGCUGGCUGUGGCUUUGGGGACCAAGGAACACAACAUUCGCGCUAAACUUCCAGCUGAAGGUCUGUCAGUGGAGAAGCAGGUUGACUGUCUGCUGGACCAAGCCAUGGAUCCAAACCUACUGGGCAGGGUAUGGCAGGGUUGGGAGCCAUGGGUCUGACUCAACAUCUGUUGCUGUAUUAUCAGGAAACCAUCUUUCACAGAGGAAAAAACAUCUGCUUAUGAUAAAUUCAGUCAUUACAGGGGUUUUAAAGCACAGACUGAAUCACAAUCAUGGCAACUGAGGCAGUUUCAUGCACUUUUUCCUGGGUCGUCUCUCUCAUACAUGAUUCCACUCUUAUGUUUGCUGUGUGUGUCUCAUGCUCAAUUUGAAUUUGGAAUAAAAUGUUAAACUCUUGCUAAGACA